UUUGUAAGUACGUCAUCACCCCGCGACUUGUCACAUGGUAACAACCAUAGACAUGUUACUCACCGGGACUGGCUCCUGACCAGGUUUUCCACUCUUUCUUCAUUCCUGAAGGUCUGCUCUCCUCCUCUUCCUCCUCCUCCUCCUCCUCCCAUUCAGCCAUGAGUGACAGCGACGAUGACAUCCCCACGCUGUCAGCUCACACUCUGGCCGCCCUGCAAGAGUUCUACAACGAGACCAGGACCGGUCCGGCUCACAGCACGACUCCAUCAGAACAGUUUGCUGUGGGGGCAGUGGAGGAGGACUGGCGUAUGAGUCAGUUCUGGUACAGUGAUGAAACAGCAACUCAGUUAGCUGAGGAGGUUCUACGUGAAGCUGGAGAGGGAGGCAGGAUAGCAUGUGUGAGUGCGCCCAGUGUGUACCAGAAGUUGAAGCAGGGUGUGGUGGACGGUUCAGACAGAGUGUCUGCUGUUGUGUUUGAGUACGACCGCCGCUUCGCCGCCUAUGGAGACGACUUCAUUUUCUACGACUACAACGAACCGCUGUCUUUCCCGGCCAGCGUGGCUCCUCAGAGCUUCGACAUCGUCCUCGCCGACCCGCCCUACCUGUCUGAGGAGUGUUUGAGGAAAGUGGCCAAAACCAUCAAGCACCUGAGUAAAGGCAAAGUGCUGCUGUGUACAGGAGCCAUCAUGGAAAAUCUCGCCAAAGAGCUUCUGGAUGUGAAAAUGUGCAGCUUCCUGCCAAAACAUAACAGAAAUUUAUCCAACGAGUUCCGCUGUUUUGUCAACUAUCCAUCUCGCCUGCUGUCCUGCUGAGGCCCAAACCUCCUUCUGAACAAUAUUUUGACUGUUCAGGGCAGAAGCAGCAGCACCCUGAUGGAUGGAGGGAGGGAGGACAUCACACACACAUUUUACAACCAUGGUUUCACAAAUGAACGUAUGGACUCAAAGACAGCUUGUUUACUGAAUAAAAAGUUGGUGACCAA